AUGGCGGAACGUAGGAAAAGCAGGAAGCGCAAAGAUGAAGUGGCAAAUAUAGAUCAUGAAGUUGUUCAAGACAAACCAUCUAAAGAUGAGUAUGCAGUAGCUAAAUGGAUCCGUAAUAAUGUGCCAUCAAAGAAAACAAAAUUUGACAGAAACCACAAUGUUGAGUAUUUCACUGGUAGUCGUGCAGUGGAUGCUCUCUUGGAGAAUUCACCAUGGAGUAAAUCCAAAUUUGAAACACGUGAGCAGGUUACAGAAUUUCUGGAUUUGAUGUUAAGACAUAAGUUCUUUCAUAGAGCAAAAAAAGUAGUAAUUUCUGAAGAAGAACUAUGUAAAAUACGUGGAAUAAAAAAGAAAGUUAAAGAUCCCAAGAAAGAUAAAAAAUCCACUGAGAAAGAAAAAGAAUAUUCUAAAGACAACAAAGAUGCAACAGGUGGAAAAGAUGGUGAAGAUAAAGUAGAAGAGAAAAAGAAAAAACCAAAAGUACGCCUGGAAAUGCAUAUGGAUCAAUAUUUUGUUGACUGCAAUGAUGCUUAUGUUUGGAUAUAUGAACCAAUCCCAGUGUACUAUUGGUUCUUUGGAACCCUUGUAGUAUUAGGUGCAAUCGGUGUUUGUCUCUUCCCAUUGUGGCCAUCAACAAUUCGUGUUGGUGUAUAUUAUAUUAGUGUUGCAGCUGCAGGAUUCCUUUUAUUUAUUCUGGCAUUAGCAAUUAUUAGACUGAUUGUAUUCUGUCUUCUUUGGGUUCCAACACUGGGCCGAUGUCAUCUUUGGCUUUUACCAAAUUUAACAGCAGAUGUUGGAUUCUUUGCUUCAUUUUGGCCACUUUAUCAAUAUGAUUAUUAUGGUUCAACAUCGGAAACUGACAAGAAGCUUAGUAAAAAGAAAAGAAAGAAAGAAAAAGAUUUCGAUUCUGAUGAGACAUCUUUAUUGAAUUCAGAUGAGAAAUCUAGUAUAAAAGAAUUACAUAUGGAAUAUACACAGAUUGAAGAAAUCUCACCUAGUGAAGAUAAAAAACUUCCUACGCCCGAGUUGGUAGAGGGUGAGGAAGGUAGUGAAAGUUCGGAAAGUGAAAAAUCUAAUACAGGCCGGGAUUUUGUGAUGCUUUAAAACAGAAACUUUUCGUAAUAAAUAGUUUUCCUUUAUUUAUCACAAAUGCCGUGUCAAUUGAUCUUUAAUUUU